AUGUGCUGUCACCGGCUCUUCGUUUAUUCAGUUUGCGGUCACAGUGCCUUCUCAAUAACGCCGCUUAUACUGUGUCAAGAUGCCGCAAUCGCGCCCGACGCAGAGCACUCCAGUAGAUGCGAACUGGUCGCACACCCGUACAGAUCGUUGAAACUGGACAUGUUAUGUCCGUCCUGCCAGCAGCGACGGGAUGCAAUCCUCGGCCGCGUCGAGCAAUGCCAGGUUGUGACGUACGAUGAGUACAAAUGGAAGGUCAGCUACGCGAUGCCGGCGCAUGGCAAAGACUUUUGGACACGAAAAAUGGAGGAAAAGGAGGCAAAGGAGACAGAAGAGCGCAAACAGCAGAAGGACAUGGAGAAACGGAAGAGGUUCAGCUGGAAACGGGCCAGCAAGAAGAGCGUGCGGAGCGGGUGA